AUGUUUGACGCGGUGUCAGUGAGUAAGAAGCGAUCGCGCGGCGACGAUGAUGAGAAUAGGUCGUUUGAACGGCCUUCUGAAAAGAAAGCCCGCCAAACUGCACAGUCUAUCGGCGAAAGCUGGUUUCCACAUGACUCCGUCCUGGGGACACCCACUGCUUCAUCUCAAACCAGAGAGCCGCUCAAGUACAACAGUGAUGACGAGCAGUCUUCGUCGGUGGUAUCUGAACCAGGCAGCCCACAAGAUGUGUCUAUGGACUCGGACGACGAAGGCAUGGGUAUGACGGCUCUCUCACAGUCACCGGAAGCUUUGAAGCCGCAAAUCGCCAGCAGCAGUCCAUGGGGACAGCGAAUCCAGCAGACCAAUCGUGUUCCUACACCUAUGAUGCCGAUGCGUUUACGAAAUGGCGUCAAGCAACAUGUCCGACAACGCCACCCGCAGGAAAUCAAUAGCAACAGCUCGGACCUUCUCGAGGUACCUUCACCUAUCGAGGAGAAUGAUUUUCCCACUCCACCAUCAGCUGCGGAAGUUGCGGGAUCUCAGCUUAGCAUGCUCAGUGUUAGUGACGUUGAAAUGGGAGAGUCUGGCUCAAUUCCCACCAUCGCUAUUGAUCCGGUCAGGACACCGAACCCAAGCCAUGGCGACAUGGACGAAGACUUCAUAGAUGGUGCAGGUGAGCACGUUGUUGUUCGUCGGCAGCGGCAGAGAAGUGGCGCGCUCAGCAAUGGAAAUGGUAAUAAUGGUACUGGUCCGGCUCGUGCAGGACCGAGUACUACUGGAAGCAAGCGGGGUUUCAGUAUUGGCUGGAGACCAGACUGCGAGAAGUGUCAAAUGCGAGUGCCUGGGCAUUUCAACCACUGGACGAACGGGAACCCUUGA